GUCAUUGGUCCGUUCACUUGUCAAUCAACAAACUUUUUUGGACUUGUGGUCCUACGUUGUUGGACGAUAAAGGAAAGGGCAAUAUAUGAUCCAUUUUCCCACAAGACAGCUGAAUAUCUGUGUUUUUUUAAACUUAUUUUACAAAUGGUUUGGAGUCCGGCUUCAACAUAACCGCAGUUGGAGAGAGAAAAGAUCUCUCUCCGUUUCCUUCCAGGCGUCUCUGUGAGGAGUAACGAUGGACUUCCGGGGGUUCCGACCUGGCAAGAGCCGAGGCGAGGAGAGCAUUGCUGUAGUGGUUGACUUUCUCCUGGCUAACGCCCGAUUGGUUCUGGGAGUGGGAGGAGCUGUUGUGCUGGGCGUUGCCACACUGGCUGUUAAGAGGCUCAUAGAGCGCGCCGGCAAAGCUGCAGUGGAUGAGAAGGUGGAACAGAAGAUGGCGGAGAGCUGGGAGGAGCUUAGCUUAGUCUCCUCCUCCCCCAAGGCCAUCAGGAAGGGGCUGGAGGGUGUGGUCAUGAAGCAUGUUGCCAAGGCAACCAAGUCACAGAAAGAUGACCUGUGCCGACCUCAGAAGUCCAGUCUGGAGGAGGAGCCUGUUAGAGCUGUUGAGCCCCAGAGACCCAAGAUACUACAGCUGUCGCUCACCCUACAGGAUCGUCUACAGCAGUAUUACUCUACCAGGGUGAUGUUAGCAGCAGAGGAGGUCCACAGGGCUCAGAGUCUCGCUCUAGAUAUCUGUACCGAGAUACAAGGCUUCCUGCACACCACUCAACCAGACAUGCCUCUGGGAGAAAUGUCUCUGGGAGGGUCCCUGCUCGACGACCUGCAGGUGGUCAGUGCGGACCAUGCGUGCCUGCUGGUUCCGGUCCGGUUGGAGGCCAAUCUGUGGAGGCUGAUUCCUGGGGAAGAAACCCUGCUGACUCAUCCCUUACACUGGAUGGUCCGACGAACCAACCUGGAAUACUUCCCCAGAGGGCGGAGUUACUGGGACAGGUUCCUGGUGGGAGGGUAUCUGUCCUGUCGGGUUCUGGUGAGCAUGCUCAGUAAGGCUGUCAUGGAGACCAUGAAUUGGCCGUCUCUGUCCUCCAUGUUGGACUGUCAGAUCAGACCAGUCCUGGGAGGAGAGAAGCUGGAGCUAGAAAUACGGCCUGAGGGCUGUCUCUCGCCCAUGUUCAUCUCCAUGAUUCCAGUUCUAAGGGAAUCUGAUGUGGUCCUGACAGCCCAGGUAGAAUUGACCCACCCCUGGGACAGUGCCUGGCACCUCUCCCUUUACCCAUGGGAGACACAGCGCCUCGCCCAGCUGGACUCGGCCGACCAGGGGUCCCGACGCACCCUCCUCAAAACCCUCAAAGCCAUCUGUCGACACUGUCCUGCCCUAAGACCUCUCACCGCCGCACCCUUGGCCAACCUCAUCCUCCACCUCAGUGAGAAGGACUUGGAUUGGUCGGAGGGGGCCCUGAGUGGGCGUUUCCAGCAAUGUAUAUGGGAGCUUAUAGGCUACCUAGAGCAGGGGGUGUUGCCGAGCUACUUUAAGCCCAGUGUCAAUUUGUUAAAUGGAGUCACAGAGGAGGAGAUUGAUCACGUGGGCUUCAUGCUGUACUGUGCUGUCUCUGAGCCAGAGAUACUGCUGAUAUAGACUCUAUACAUCCAAUCUCUGUCUGUACACUUUAACCUGGUUCUGUCCCUGAGCCAGAGAUACAGCUGAUACAGACUCUAUACAUUCAAUCUCUAUAUACACUUUAACCUGGUUUGUAUGGAAAAGAGAAGGAUGUCACUUCUCAUGAGUUCUACAUGUUAUAAGCUCUUAUAUCGUCCUCACUCUGCAGGUGCCUCACAGUACUGUAGGACCCAGUCAAAGCUAGUACACUCUGUAGGGUUAAGGUUGCCAUUUAGGCUGUAUGGAUGAGGUGCCAACAUCUUAUCCCUAAAUGUCUGAUGUGACACGGAUGAGGUAUCUAAACUGUUAACUGUGUAUGUCUGAAAUGGUACGGAUGAGGUAUAUUAUCUGUUAACUGUGUACGUCUGAAAUGGUACGGAUGAGGUAUAUUAUCUGUUAACUGUGUACGUCUGAAAUGGUACGGAUGAGGUAUAUUAUCUGUUAACUGUGUACGUCUGAAAUGGUACGGAGGAGGUAUAUUAUCUGUUAGCUGUGUACGUCUGAAAUGGUACGGAUGAGGUCAGAUGAGGAACCACCUGACCAGUACAGAGACACCCGUGAGGAGGAUGAACAUGAACUGUGCCAAGGGGGAGGACAUAAAGACCCAGGGGCGGGAGGGAGGAGAUGUUUGCUUUAGUAGUUCUUCUGCUGCUGGUCAAAAACACGUCAUCUGUUUUAUGUAGUGUUUUUCUGUGCUAACCCUGGCACUAAGAGAGGAGGCUAUUUAAGACAGAUCGAGCAGAGCUCUAUGACUGACUGAACUACAGAGGUUCCCCUAACCCAUGACCUUUAACCCCUGAGCCACAGCAUUGGUACCAGCCGGGUCUGAUGGGCAGUACCAGCUGCUUAACUUCCAUCCCUGCCAGUGACACUCGUUGUUCUUGACUUAAUCAUGUUUAUUCAGUCCUUUGUUUUUUCUGUUUUACCGUUCAUGUUUUAUGACCUUUGUGUUGUGUGUUUGUGAGCUGUGUGUGUGCGGAAGGCUGCGCUUGUUUUUAGGUUGACGAGUGAUAAAUAAAGGUUUUCAAUCUACCUUU